AUGGCAGAAGAGAUUGCAAAUUACUAUUCUUGGACACCAUACUCCUAUUUGCAGCCUAAUCAACAUGUUGUGGAUGCUGAUGGAGAUGAUUCACUUAAUGAAGUGUUACGUGAUAAAGAUCAAGGUUUGGAACCAACUCCUGUUGAAUCAAACUCAUCCAAUAAAGCAACCAACCAGUCUUUUGAAGGUUUGGAACCAAUUCCUGUUGAAUCAAACCCAUCCAAUAAACCAACCAACAAGUCUUUUGAAGGUUUGGAACCAACUCCUGUUGAAUCAAACUCAUCCAAUAAAGCAAUCAACAAGUCUUCUGAAGAUGAUUCACUUAAUGAAGUGUUGCGUGACAAAGAUCCAGGUUUGGAACCAACUCCUGUUAAAUCAAACUCAUCCAAUAAAGCAACCAACCAGUCUUCUGAAGCUGAUCUUGAAUUCAGUCCAACAAAAAGAAAGAACAAGAGAGAAGAAAAUAGGAAGAUAUAUCGGCCUAAAAUCAUAUCUGAAAGUCCAAACAAAUCUCGGGUCAAAAGCAACGACACUCCAAAACCUUCAACUCCAAAACAGAAGAGAAGUUCUGUGAGAAGGGAUUCUUCAUGCAAGAGGCAGCUAUUCAGUGAAGAUUUGAUUUCUUUACCAUUUUUGAAAAAAUUCAAUAAGGUGAAGGUUGAACAAGGUGGAUUUGAGAAUUCCAUUAUUCAUAAUGAAUUAGGCAUUGCAUACAAUUCAAUCCAAAGAUACCAUAAGGUGGAAUCUUUGUCAAGUCUAUGCCUGGUAGAAAGUAGACAAAUUGGUAUGAUUUUUCCAUUGAUGUGCAAGAAAAAAAGAAUUCCCAGAGGUAGAUUGCGUCUAGAAAAACUCUUGGCUCCUUUUAAAAGAGGAAAGAGAUCAACAAGUCUGGUUAGGAAGAGAAAAUGUUGGAUGGUAUUUGAAUUAGGAGGUGAUAGUGUCAUUGAUAAAAAAUUGAUAACUAGGAUUAAGAAAAUUCGUUCUUUGACGAAAAAGAAAGGUAGAAAGACUAAGGAACUAGUUGCCAACAAAGAACUAGGAGCAUUAGUUCCUUAUAAACAAUCAUCUCUAGAUAUUAAUGUUCUGCUUGAUGAAGAGACUUUGAGAGUGUGGAACUUGCUCAAAGAUGAAAACGGACAUGAGGAGAAUGAUGAGAUGAAGCAAAAAAGCUGGGAGAGCAUUAGAAGUAUCUUCCGCGACAAGGUUGAGUCAUUUUUAUGGCACAUGCAUUUCAUCCAAGGUGACAGACGAUUCCUACCGUGGAAAGGUUCAGUGUUGGAUUCUGUGAUUGGAACUUUCCUAACUCAAAAUGUGUCUGACCAUUUGUCAAGCUCUGCAUUCAUGACACUUGCUGCAAAGUUUCCUAUCAAAACUAAUCGUGAAAAGGGCAUGGAGGACCUAGAUAAACAAGAAAUGCCUAGUUACAGCGUUGUUUUUCCUAGUCCUGAAUUUGAUAGGGAAAUGGAAGACUGCAAACUUGAAGAAAUGGAAGGUAAAAAAGUCAAAGAAUCUUCCAAGCUUGAUGACAGCAAGGGAACUGAAAACAGUUCUAGUUUAACGAAUGAAAAGAUAGAUCCUCUUGACUUGCUUUCUGUUAAGAAAAUUUCAACUGCGAAGAAGAAAAGUAAGAAAGAGGAAGAAAAGGAGAUAUUAGAGGAAAAGCAACGAUGUUGGGAUAGACUAAGAAAAAUCCACACUAAAAGUCCUAGAGACAGUGAUCAUAUGGAUUCUGUUGAUUGGGAAGCUGUAAGAUGUGCACCAGUGGGUGAAGUUGCUAGAGUCAUUGCAUCUCGUGGCCAACACAACAUGAUUGCUGAAAGAAUACAACGUUUACUAAAUGGCCUAAGAGACUCAAAUGGAAAGCUCGAUUUAGAAUGGCUAAGAUACGCUCCACAAAAGGAAGCAAAGGAAUAUCUUUUAAACAUUUAUGGACUGGGAUUGAAAAGUGUGGAAUGUAUUCGACUUUUAACACUUCAUCAUAUGGCUUUUCCGGUGGAUGUAAAUGUUGGAAGAAUUGUUGUACGUUUGGGAUGGGUUCCUCUCCAACCAUUACCCAAAGAAAUUCAAAUACAUAACUUAGAAAUGUACCCAGAUUCAAACAAAAUUCAACAAUAUCUUUGGCCACGGCUAUGCACCCUUGAUCAGCGUACAUUGUAUGAAUUGCAUUAUCAGCUGAUAACUUUUGGGAAGGUUUUUUGCACAAAGAAAUAUCCAAAUUGCGCUGCUUGUCCAAUGAAGAAUGAGUGUAAACAUUAUGCAAGUGUUGUUGCAAGGUAUUAUUACAUUCAUGCAAAACUUGCUCUACCUGAACCACCAACGCAAUCUGGUAAUUCUUUUAAACACUCCACUUUGUUAAGCAACUCUCCGUCAACAGUCGUUUCGGAGGAGAACAAUACCUUCAUCCCAGAAUCGAGUAAAGGAUGUGAACCGAUCAUUGAGAUACCAGCAUCACCAGAACCAGAAAGCAAUGAACCGAAUAAUUUUGAUGUGAAGAAUGAAGAUGAAGAGUUUAAGAGGGAUGAUGUGUGCAAUGACAUUGAGGACUUUCCAACAAUCGUGCUCAGUAGUCAAGAAACACAUAAUUAUUAUUCAAAAGAUUAUGAACAGGAAGACAUGAACAAAUCAACAGCUGUAGUUUUGCUACACGAUGUUGCAAACAUUCCUUUACCAAAGAUGAAAAAUGUUAGCCGCUUAAAGACUGAACGCAAAGUUUGGGUGCUUCCAGAUAACCACCCUCUCUUAGCAGAGCAUUCUCUACGAGAACUUAAUGAUCCUUGCCCUUAUCUUCUGGUUAUAUGGACAGAAGGUGAACUACAACAUUCACGUGAAUCAUCUGAGAACAGCUUACAAGAGGAAGAAAAUGGCAUAACAGUACCGGGAACUCUUCUAAUACCAUGUCGAACUGCAAUGAGAGGAUCUUUUCCGCUGAAUGGAACGUACUUUCAAGUUAAUGAGGUUUUUGCUGAUUAUGAUUCAAUGAUACGUCCAAUCAAUGUUCCUAGAAAAUGGUUAUGGAACUUAGAGAAUCGGAUAGUAUAUUUUGGGACCGGGAUAUCAUCGAUAAUGAGAGAUUUGAAGGUGGAACAAAUCCACGAAUGCUUUUGGAACGGUUUUAUUUGUGUGAGAGCAAUGGAUUCAAAGACAAGAGCUUCCAGGCCUAUAUCAUCUAUAUUGCAUCGCAACACAACAGCUCGGGUGGGAAAGGGAAACAAAAAUGAGCGUGAAGACGAAGAAUAG